AUGGUAAAAAAUAUUUAAAUAGUAGCCCUUUUUGGAAUCACUAUUUUUGCUUUAGGAGCUGCUUAUUGCUUAUAUAAUAGUGAUAACUAGAAGAAAGUUAAUACACUAGGUGAAUGGUUUACUUGCAGAUCUAAUUCUGGAUUUAAAAUUUGUGAUGAUAUAGAGGGAGAUGAAAAAAAAUUAAACUAAUGCUACAAAGCUGCUACAGAUUUUGCAAAUGUUUGUUAUCCAGACCACGCUAAUACAACUAAAGAAUGUUAAAACUUCUGGAAAUUUUAUAGCACUUAAGCAUAAGAUGCUUUACUUCCCUAAGAUUAUUUUACUUGUGUUAAGCAGGGAUAAAAAGCUGCUAAAGAAAGUUAAUUCUUUUAUAAAAAUAACUAUUUGGUGCUUUGGGUUGACUGUGCAACUUCAAAAUCUUGA